CCAAGUCCUAUAUGCUGUUACUCCACACGCACGAUUGACAUCGACAUGUGAGUCGGACUAAGAGUUACUCAUGCAUGUGCCAAAGAGACUCACUACAAAGCUGUGCACACAGUCACUCAUUCUCUGUUGACUCAACGAAGGCAUAAAAGCCGGCUUCCUCGUCGAAUAUGUUUCGUCCACAAUACAUCACUUUGUUCCCACACUACCCAUGCCCGAGAUCUUUCAUUCUUUGACUUUUGGUUUAUUCGCAAUAUAACCUAGAUACCGUCGAAGGGUUUACUACAGUCCUCUAUACCACCAUCACUCUCCAGCCAGUUGAACAUAAUGCCAACAGCGAAAAAGCCAAAAAUUAUCGUGACAGAGCCUGAAUACCAAGAGGAAAUUCCCAUCUUGGAAAGAAUUAGGAAGGAGUAUCCCAAAUGUACGGAAAUGAUCGACAAGUCACGCAAGAUUGGCAGCUCCUCUCCCACCGGAUGCCACGUUCCGAAAAACUUUUGUUUCAGAACAGCGGUGGAUCGUUACAAACGGGAAUUAUGUUUUGCCAGAAUGUCAGCUACCCAAUUCUGGGGAAACAAGGAAAUAGAACUCAGGAUUGGUGGAUACGACUCGAACGAUAAACUGACGAAUUCUUCUGGGCCCAAUGUGCGAUUGAAAAUGAAAGUUCUUUUCAAAAAGGAUAAAUAUGAAGUCGCGAGUACGGGGGGGUUUGCAAUGGCAGAGCCUAUGGUAGAGCAGGUUAUCGAAGAAAUGUGUGAAUGGUUAGCACGGAAAAAGGAAGGGAAGAAGGGCAGUUGGGGAGAUCCAUCCAUCUUGUGA